AUGAACAACUAUCUUCAAACUAUCAAUGAACAACUAUCGUCAAACUGUGUCAAUAAACAACUAUCGUCAAAUUAUGUCAGUGAACAACUAUCGUCAAACUGUGUCAAUGAACAACUAUCAUCAAACUGUGUCAAUGAACAACUGUCAACAGACUAUGUCAAUGAACAACUAUUGUCAAACUGUGUCAAUAAACAACUAUCGUCAAAUUAUGUCAGUGAACAACUAUCGUCAAACUGUGUCAAUGAACAACUAUCAUCAAACUGUGUCAAUGAACAACUGUCAACAGACUAUGUCAAUGAACAACUAUUGUCAAACUGUGUCAAUUAA